AUGUCCGAGCUAAGUAAGUGCUUCUAUCAAGUGACGGCGGGCCGUUCCUGUCACGAUCUGUGUCAUCCCGAGUAUGCUACCUGCUGGCAAUCGUUCGUGGGCAUUACGAAAACUUUACUGCCCGGUAGCUACAAGCUAUAUCUGACACUGCUGGUGAUCCCGCCGCUAGUAAAAGGCGGUGGCUACACAGCGGAAUAUUGGCGCAAUCAUAUCCUCGGCUACGCAUCGAUUUCGUUUAAAACCUACAUUCAAGCUAUCAGUGGUCUGACGCUACAAUGUUUGCUCUACAAACUAUUUGGCAAGCUACACUACUACUGUCUGAUGGGUGUACCAGGCUUUGUAAGUGCAGCGCUCGUACCAAAGCUACCGAGAGUACAUUUACGCCUCCAGGGCAUUACCUACUUCAACAUGAUGCUGGAAGUGAUGAUCAAAAAGAGUAGGCUCGAGAUACUGCAGAAACUGCGCCAAUCGAAACUUUGGGCAACCUUCUGCUUCAUGGUGUUCAGUGCGAAGAUUAUGGAUGUGUUGCGUCUGGGCACCGUUAACCAAUUCUGGCUCAUGUAUCCAGCAUCAUCCGACCGGGAGAAGCAGGAAAACACACCUCAGAGAAAGAUAUCUACACCCUGCCUUCAUGAUGGUCUGUCCUGUCGAUCGUACAUUUUUGAUGGUAUCUGGAAGUACGCCCUUGCUGGUUUUACCAUCGAAGCCGCACGUGGACUAAUCUCCAAGGGUUCGCUGAUAUACGGGACGCCAGCAAGAUUUUUCGAGGAACUGCGGAAGACGAUCGGUUUAGCGCUACCACUCUUUCUGGCGACCUACGUCGGAAGCUUUCGAGGUGUUAGCUGCUGGUUGGCGAAUCAUACCGGACGGGAGCGUCCCGGACAUGCUCGAAUAGCGGGACUGCUCAGUGGUAUCAGCUACCUAAUCUACCCGAAGUAUCAGAUAUUCACCCUUGGGUUUACCAAAUUUCUCGAGAUGGCUUGGGAGCAUCAUCUCAACACGGUCAAAGAAAAGACCCGCUGGUUGGAGUUCUUACAGCGCAUACCCUAUCUUCGACUAGUCCACAUGAUUUCGAUCGGUUACAUGUACCACGCGCUCGUUUUCCAUUCGCACCUCUCGCCACCAUUUAACUCGAAAUGCGUUAACUACUGUUCCGACUUCCGUGUGGAGCGUAUCAAGCGCCGGCUCGUCUCCUGGACGCUCGAACAUUCGUGGGGUGGUGCUCGCUGA